AUAUUGUUGCUCAAGGCUCGCACAAGGAACUUCUGAGGGGUCAAAUUUGUUGAAGUUUCAAAAUGGUGUUCUUCGAAACUUGUGGACCGAAUGAAGCCAUGGUUGUAUCAGGCGUCUGCCAUAGCAAACCAGCAUUAGUUGCCGGUGGCCGUAUAUUUGUGUGGCCCUUGAUUCAAAAGUUGCAGAAGAUCUCUCUUAACACAAUGACCUUGAAUGUUGAAUCCCCACGUGUCUACACUCGGCAUGGAGUGCCAAUCUCGGUGACUGGAAUAGCUCAAGUGAAGAUUCAAGGCCAGAAUCAGGAAAUGUUAUAUGCAGCUUGUCAGCAGUUUUUGGGGAAAAGCCAAGAGGAAGUCCGUUCUGUUGCCUUGGAAACACUGGAAGGCCAUCAAAGAGCUAUCAUGGGUACAAUGACUGUGGAGGAAAUCUACAAAGAUCGAAAGAAGUUCUCUAAGAGUGUGUUUGAGGUAGCAUCAUCUGAUUUGGUAAACAUGGGAAUCAGUGUUGUAAGUUACACAAUAAAGGACAUACGUGAUGAAGAGGGAUAUCUGCAUGCUCUUGGAAUGGCCAGGACUGCACAGGUCAAGAGAGAUGCCAGAAUUGGUGAGGCAGAAGCAAAGAGGGAUUCUGGAAUUAAGGAAGCACUAGCUGAAGAAGCUCGCCAGAGGGCCAAAUUUGAGAAUGACACUGAAAUUGCUAAAGCCAAGAGAGAUUAUGAGUUAAAGAAGGCAGCCUAUGACAUUGAAGUUCAAACUAAAAAAGCUCAGUCUGAAUUGGCCUAUCAACUUCAGGCUUCCAUAACAAAACAGAAAAUCAAAGAAGAAGAAAUGCAGAUCAGGGUUGUGGAGAGAGCACAGCAAAUUAAUGUUCAGGAACAGGAAAUUUCCCGUAAAGACCGUGAGCUUGAGGCUACCAUUAAACGGCCUGCUGAAGCUGACAAGUAUAGGAUGGAAAAACUUGCUGAGGCCAAUAGAAAUCGUGUGGUACUGGAAGCUGAAGCCAAUUCAGAGGCCAUUAAGGUGAAGGGUGAAGCUGAAGCUUUUGCCAUUGAAGCUAAAGCCACAGCUGAGGCAGAGCAGAUGGCCAAGAAAGCAGAUGCAUGGAAAGAAUACAGAGAGGCCGCUGUUGUUGACAUGGUCUUAGCUACCAUGCCAAAGAUUGCAGCUGAAGUUGCAGCACCACUUUCUCAGUGUAAGAAGAUUGUGAUGGUAUCAAAUGGCAAGUGUGACCUUGGAGCUAGUAAAAUCACUGGUGAAAUCCUGGAGAUUGUCGCCAAUUUGCCAAAAUCAGUGGAGGCACUUACUGGCAUUGAUAUCAGCAAGGCAAUGAAGCUGAGCAACAGAGUCUAGAUGGCUUGAUGUAUUGUUCAAUUUGAUGAAAUCUUUCAAAUUAAUGACGUUUUUACUUAACGAGUCAAUUUCAGUAGGCUUGCUAUUGUUGUUAACUUUAGAGCAAUGUUAUAUGUUUAGUAUGUAGUGUACUGUUUAUGAAGCACUAGGCGUAAUGAGCUUCAUAGUAGAAGAGUUCACAUAAUUAUUUGUUCAUUAUCUCUGCUGAGGUGUAAUUUUGUAAUUUACUUCUAGUUUAAGAAAACGUUUAACGGUAGCUAAGCCUCAAUAACUAGCCGCCUGUUUAUUGUAAGUAUCAUUGUUUAUAUCAAGCUUGUACUACUGCAUUGCAAAUGCAGGGCUGACAAAUGGUACGAUUUUGUGAGACAGCAAAAUAAGUGUUUUUUUUUUCUGAGAGCUUGAGACUUUCUCAGUCUUCAAGAGAAGUCUAGACUGAAGCCACAUCAAACAAAAUAAUCAAGAUGGCAAGAACUGUGAAAUUUGUGAAAAUUUUAUGUAUAUGCUUUUGAAGGACCAUUUGCCAUUUACCAUUUGCCACCCCUAAAUGGAGAUAUGAUAUUACUAGUAACGAACUGAGUCAUAUCAGCAUUUAGACUCCCAAACUGCUGUCCAUACAUUUUUAUCAUGCUUCUGGACUGAGUCUAGCUCUUAGGAUGUCUUUCCUAACAUCAUGGUCAGAUCCAUUGUGUAGUCUUAUGACGAGAAGACAGAACUAACAAUAUCGUUGUAAUUGUGUUCGCGUCGUCUUUUGGCUUCAAAAGAUUGUUAAUGGGGCAGUAACCAACAUGUUAUUCCUACAAAUAAUUUAGUUACGUUGUGUAUUAAACUGAAAAACUGAGGAAAUAGUGCUUGAUUACCAGCAACGUAGUUUGCAAUAAAUUUUCAGAGUUUUUGGCAUACUGUUAUCCACCAUGAAACAACGUGGAGUGCGUCGAGACACUAAGAUUAGCUAUAUUAUAUUAGAAGUGGCUUAUCAAUAGGGCAGGCAGUGGUGUUAAAUGUAAACAGUUGUUACUAACGCCCAAAUGUAUCGUCUGUCUUGAGAUAAAAUAAUACAUUUAACUUGUA